AUGGCCAAAAAAACGAAGUCGGCUGCCAGCCCCAAAACCCCAGCCAAGACUAAAAAGGCCGUUUCCGCAUCUCCUGCUGCAUCUCCUGCCAAAACAAAGAAGACAAAGGCUCCAGCUAAGUCUCCAGCCAAGUCUCCAGUCAAAUCUUCAGCCAAAGCUCCAGAGUCCACCGGCAAAGAGUAUGGCUAUGUGUCAAAGAAACAAGCAUCCAAGGCACUCAGUGAGUUGAAGAAGUUCUUGGAGCGUCAGAGUGAGAGCCCCAAAACCGAUAAGUCGGAGUUGUUCGAUGAGGACGACGAUACCGUCGAAGAGUCCGGAGACUUGUUCUUGCAAUUCCAAACCAAGAAGUACUUCUCCAAGAAGCCUGAGUUCAAGCCCAAACUCAUCGAAUUGACCAAGCCUUUCUAUAGAGAGAACGAGGAAUUGAAGACGUGCUUGUUCCUCAGAGACCAUUUCAUCACCAGCAAUGAACAAUUGGAGGAGGUCGAACAGGCAGACAUCCCUACGUUGAAGAAGAUCCUCACAUUAACCCAGUUGAAGACUAUCUACCAGACAUUUGAAAAGCGUCGUGAGUUGUACAGUGAGUACGACUUGUUCGUCGUGGACGAUGCACUUUUGAGCUCCAUGCCUCUGGUUCUCGGUAAGACCUUCUACUUGAACAAAAUCGAGAAGUUCCCAGUCAACGUCAGAGUUGCCAGCACCAAAGCUCCUAAAGAGUUGUCGCUUGUGACUCUCGGUAAUCAGAUCAACAAGGUGUUGUCGUCUACUGCAUUCUUACCUCCUGUUGGCACCAGUAUCACCAUCAAGAUCGGAAACUUGUCAAAGUUGUCAGAGCCUGAAUUGCUUUCCAACUUGCACGAUGUGUUGAAGACCUUUGACCAGGAUCUGCUUGUCACUGUGGGUGUCAAGACCUCCGAGUCGCCAGUGUUGCCACUUUUCUACACUGACAAGAUCUACAGCGAUGCUGAUGUUCUUGAAAACGCUCCAGACGCUGAGGAAGAAGAAGACUCCGAGGACAUUUACACCAAGGCAUUGUUGGAGUUGGGUGAUGAGCAAAGUGUCGCCAAGGCACUUGGUGGAGAGUUGAGAAAGUUGAAGAAGACCAAGAAGAGCAAGGGUGUUAAUUCUACAAGGGUGCUUCGAGCCAAUUCACUGCUAAACGUGGGACGAAGCCACGAUUACAAGUCUGAUGGUGUCAGUCUUCACAUUGGCGACUUAAAAGUACCCAAAAAGUACAUCACCAUCACCACAGGGCCAAGCGAAGUUGAAGUUCUCGACAAGACUAAGCUUACUAUCCGCUUUGACUCCAUUUGCACCACCACCGUCAACGAUGUGGUGUAUAAAUUACCGCAGAAAGAAGCACAUCCUAUCUCGCAGACUUUUGACGCCGAUAAGCUUGUAUUGAAGGUCAAUGCUAACAAAUCAGAUAGAAUCCAACUCCACUUAGUGUGGGAGCCUGUCCAGUUGCUUGUUUUCUCCAAAAGAAUCCAGUACGAGGGUCAGAUUCAGCCCAGUCCACUUCCGGGUAUUAUUCGAGAUCUCCACUCUGAAGGCUUGGAUUUGCGUACUGUCACAGACCCUUUAAUCGCCACUCAUUACAUCACCAUGUCUGAUUUUGUUGAUUACAACCUCCAGAUCGCUGUUCUGUGUGGAAUACCAGUAGUUUCUACGAAAUGGAUCGAAGUACUUGAGAAUGCACCUGACAACGUUGCAACAUGGUUAAGCCCACAAAAAGAUCUCUUGUUAGCAGGUACAGAAGGCGACUUUGCUUUCCCAAAUCACUUGCGUCGUUUGCUUUUGGCUGGUACUCACUGCCUCAUAUACUACGAAGGCACACCUCUGAAACACGUACGCCGGUUACAAAGCUGGCUAGAGUGUCUAGGAUGUGCCAGUGUGGCUAUUAUAGAUGUAAAGAAACUUACACGAGAAGCUUUGAGUAUGUUCGGCUUGAGCUGUGUCUAUCUUUUUACAUGUAUAGAUGAGCCUUCAACUGUCCCUUUCAAGGUUAGGGCAAAUAACACUUCUGACCUCUGGAGGGCAGUCGUGGACGUCGAUAUUGUGAACCUUAAAGUAUCUACAUCAGCUGAUCUAUUCCCUGAGCCCACAGUGAAAGAGGAACCAGACAGUUUAAGGUUGACCCAGCGAAGAAAACGACGUAGGGUCGAGCGUGUUAAUGAUACAGAUUUCUUUCUGUUCAGCCAAGUUUCUAGUCAGCCAGCCGCUGACUCUUUGAAUUUGGCGGUAAAUUCUGGUGAGAAUGAAAAAGAACUAGAGAAAUCCCAGCUGUCACGUAGGGAAAAUUCAAACGUCGCUGAAAGUUCAGAACAAUCAAAAGUUUCGGAACUUCAGGAGCAGAAUCCUGAAGAUGUUUUAGAGGUACAUGAGGUGAAGGCUACUCAAAAAAAACACUUUAAAAGCUCACAUAAGGAACAAUCUGUUGAGCCUGUGACCGAACCAUUACAUGGAGAGACCUCUGUUGAAGUCGAGCAAAGUAUCAGCAUACAAGAUGACCGUGAGCAAAGAAAAGCAGAAAUUGAAGCAGGAACAGAGAAUAUAGAACCGAUCCCUAAAAAGCAAAAGAAAGAAGCAAAGUGGAUUGUUCCUCGGGUAUCUCUUGCCGAUGCUGUUCUUUCGACCAAGAAGCAAGCUGAUGUUGAAGCCAGAAAGGACUUCGAAUUCGAUGAUAUUGGAUCGCAGUUCGAAAAACUUGUGGUUGUUGAAGAAAUUGACUUGAGUAGAAGAAAAGAGUCGGUGCCUCUGGUGUCUAUUGCUUUGUAUAAGGGACGCAAGAACUUUAAGAAGUUCAAGAAGAACGGCCCACUGACUCACAGUUUUACUAGGAAAUUUCUUGAGUUGGAAGAUGACAAUAACGAGAUUCAUUUCUCCGACAUACCAGCAGCUCCGAAAGAGCCCAUAGCAGAGAAAAUCCGUGUGGACUUUGCACAAGAAAUGGAUAGCGUGAAAGGAUACCAGCCAUCGCAAUUAUUUGUUGCAGAGGAUGAUGAAGAUGAGGAGAAUGAUGAGACGACCUUUUCGUUUCUGGCCAGUUCAAAAGUCCCCGUGAGAGCACCGGCUGAGGAGAGUGACGAUGAUGAUGAUGAUGAUGAUGAUGAUGAUGAUUUUGCAUUCAAGUUCUCUCGAGCUUGA